AAUUUUCUCCGCCAGGCUGUCGGCUCUUGCACUGAGACGCGGUGUGUGUUAGCUCGGCUGACCUCGCACUGAAUGGACUCGAUUCCCAGCCACGUAAGUACAACACCACGGGAGAGGAUGUCUUGCUGAAUCAAGGGAUAGGCCUGGGGAAGUCGGCCAUCCCUUCCUUUUAGCAGCUGACGACAAUUCAUUUGGAUUAAAACGAAUCUGUCGCAGAGGAUAUCGACUUCCGAACACAACAAAGGGCAAAAAAUUCGGGACGAUUUUCUCUCCAUAUUUGGUAGAUGGCAAUCAUCAUAGCUCGUGCAUGGAUAUGAUCUGUGGAACAAGGCCCGUGCGACACUGACCAAGGAGGCUAGCUGAUGCUGUUCAUGUCACAUUUAGUCACAAUUUGAAUUCACAAUCAUUUGCAACUCGGUGCAGUAAAACGUGCUUGUUUUAUCUCCCGUCUGCACGCUAAAGACGGUGAAUUGUUUCUGUUUUAUGAAACGUGUCAUGCAAUUUAUCGAGUUGUCAAGAUUAGCCGGCCAGCUAGCUGUAUGCUUUCUGUAGCAAUUGUCAUUGCAAAGCUGGCAUUCGAUAUUUUCACUGCUUUGUAACAAUUUGGCUUUUGCAGUUCGCACUCAUACACCUACUUCGCUGAAGCUCUUUCAGCACAUUGUGCAAAGGUGUGCUUGAACUGCAAGCAAUGCUUUUGUUAGCUACUUAAGUCCAGCCUCUUAAUCUUUCUAAUAAGACCAUAUAAAUUGCAUAAAAUUAUGUUCAUUUUUUUGAACGCAUUGUAUAUCGCCUAAUACGAGCCCCCUGGCCGAAAUAGAAAAUCUCGCUAGUUUCCAUUUUUUAGUGCAAUUUCAGGAAAAGGAAAAAGCAAAAGGUCAGUUCUAUUUUUAUUUCUUGAGAAUAUUUUACCACUGCAUUGAAGCUUACUGAAGUUUAAAGCCAAAUAAAUAAGAGACGUCACUGUAAGUCCAGGACCCAAUUCUAUUGGAAGUAUUAUAUCGAAUACUCAUGAACAUACAGAGGUCAAAUCCCAUUAACAUUUCACGUUAUGGGAGAUCACGGCACAAAUCACACGACUUUGAAGAAUUGUCUUGCCUAAGGACUACAGAAUCGAACCAGAGUUUCAGUCCCAACCUCGGGUCCCCUAGCCCGCCUGAAACACCUGACUCUUCGCACUGUAUCUCCUGCAUCGGGGACUACCUUUUGUUGGAGCCCCUUGAGGGAGACCACGUUUUCAGGGCCGCCCACUUGCACAGUGGGGAAGAGCUCGUAUGUAAGGUUUUUGACAUUGCUCGCUACCAGGAGUCUCUGGCGGGCUACUUUGCCCUGGGCCGACACGAGCACAUCAACCAGAUCCUGGAGAUCCUGCUGGGCGAGACCCGCGCCUACGUCUUCUUCGAGAGGAGCCAUGGAGACAUGCACUCGUUCGUCCGCACCUGCAAGAAGCUUCGGGAGGAAGAGGCCGCCAGACUGUUCCAUCAGAUAGCUUCGGCCGUGGCGCAUUGCCAUGACAACGGACUGGUCCUCCGGGACCUGAAACUGAGGAAGUUUGUCUUCAGGAACGAGGACAGGAGCCUUGUGAAACUGGAGAGCCUUGAAGACACCUACAUCCUCGACGGCCACGACGACUCUCUGUCAGACAAGCACGGCUGCCCGGCCUACGUCAGCCCCGAGAUCCUCAACGCAAGCGGCAGCUACUCGGGCAAAGCGGCCGACGUCUGGAGCCUGGGCGUCAUGCUCUACACCAUCCUGGUGGGCCGAUACCCCUUCCACGACGUGGAGCCCGGCUCUUUGUUCAGUAAGAUCCGCCGUGGCCACUUCAGCAUCCCAGAGACCCUCACGCCCAAGGCCAAGUGCCUGAUCCGGAGUAUCCUCCGCCGCGAGCCUGCAGAGCGCCUCACCUCCCGGGAGAUCCUGGAGCAUCCCUGGUUCACCUCCGGGGCAGCAGGGGGCGCUGUGGCGCAGGGCCGGGCGGAGCGGGAGCAGGAGCAGGCGGUGCCGGAGGUCAGCAUGGAAGAAGAGCUGGAACAGUUCUUCAGCUGAGCCCGCCGACGAGAAGCACAAAAGGGAGGACUGGGCCCAGGGUCACCUCGCCGCGCUCACGCAGAGCAAAACUGUAGUUGUAGUUUAGCAGGUGGACAUUUUGUCACUCACUAACGGUGGUCCAUCCCUUUUCCACCAUUCCAUGGAACCUUCAAGCCUGAGCCCUGUCUUAACAGGUUAGGAGCCACUCAAACAUCAUGAGGGUCGGACUUCACAUUAGGAGUCAACGCUGCUGAACAUGCAAGUCGCAAACGAUGUAGCAAACAUUCUUUAGUUUUCGGUUUUAGUUUAUUCAUGGUGCUCUGCAAGCAGAGACAGACGCCAUGCUGAGACACUACGGAAAGCGCGAAGGGACAGGAAACCUCAGCCAAGGAGAACAAGACAAACUGACAGUUGGACUGCAACACCACUCCUCUACGAGUCCUCUCAAAGCUUGAGGUAGCACUUGCCCCCAAAUAAAAGGUCUAGGAUUAGCUUAACCAACCCAGAAUUCCUACCUUAACCCAUAAGGAAGACUGACUAUUUCUGAUCUUCUACCUGUACUGGUUAGAAGUAGGAUAAGUCUACCUAUUGUCACAGUCACGAUGACAUGUAUGUUUUGUUUUGCAUUCUUAUUUUUUUAUCCAGCGUUAGUCACCCAUAACCAAACUUGACCUUUGACAUUAGAAAAGCUCUUUCAUUCACAUAGAGGGUAGAUACUCACUAAACAAUCAUAUGUAUCUCUUUUAACUUGUGUAUUUCAGCCUCUGUUUAGCCUUACCGUAUGCUAACUGGGUCCUUCUCUCCUACCCGCCUAGAUUAGAUUUCCACCUUUCAUUUGUCAUGUGUCUUUUGAGUUCACAAUAACCUUGUCAUUUUUUAAGCUAUUCCAUAAAUUGUUACGGCUGCUUUAAUAUCUCUCCCUUAAGAACCUUAACAUUUCUCUUGUUAAGCCUUCAAAUGUGGCGUCAUGCACUUGAUUCACACAGGUAAAGCGAGCAAUUCCUUCUCCUUAGACUAGCUUCUUCUAUUUAAGUUCAGCUUCUCAUUUUUAGGAACGAAAAACAGAAAUGUUUUAUUUAAAUUGUAACAACUAUAUAAAUAUAAAUAUAUAUAUAUAUAUAUUUAAAAAACACAUUGCAGGGUUUUUCUUUUUUCAAAAAUACCUUUUUCAUGAAUAAUGUCUGCAAUAUUUUGGACACAGGACAGAUGCAAUGGGAGGAAAGUCUGUCCAAUGUUUUAGAAUAAACUUAUAUUUCUUUUUGUGCCAGUAUUUCUGUGCCCGACAGCCCAUGCCACAGUCGCCCUUGUUUUUUUUCUAGACUUGACACCAGUUAUUCUACCAUAUUAUUAUUACUAUUAACAUGGUCUCCAGUACCUCAUGUUAGUUUUCGACUGCCUGCGUAGGUUCUGUGAAACGAUCAUGUUCUGAAUGGGUACCAGUGGACAUGUUUUGUUGUAUCUCAAUGUUACUUGAAUUUGUGUUUUAUCUAGUUAUUGGCAUGUGCCCUAUGAAUGCUUUAGACUGCUUAGCAGGGGAGUAACGGCUAGUUUAUUUUUAUUUUUAAGAAAAGGUAAAAAAAAAAAAUAUGAAUUCUCAAUAUACUACUUUCUGAGUUGCUUUUAAAACAACUAUUGCUUUCCUUUUUUUGUUUAGUAGAAUGAGCUACCCUUAUUUAAGUUGGUGCUGAUUUGGUGCUAAUGUUAAGAGUCUUUUUUUUCUUUUCGUUUUCAAAGGGGGGUGGUGCAUGGUGGGAUGUCUGCCUCGGAUGUUUUGAUUGUAACGUAACAAAUUCUGGUGUUUUGUCCAAAUUUAUUCGGUAAAUAAAAUUGUGAACUGCU